UGUAUUACUUGUUGAAAUGGACCUGUACGUAGUUUUCUUCUUCUUUUUCUUAUAUAUUAUCUUCUAGCACAUCAUAAGAGUCAUAUCUACAGCUUCCAUUAGCAAAAGCAAAGAAAAUGGCGAUCACAAGCUCAAGUGAAAUUUGUGAAGGGAAUUCCACAUAUGACCGAGUAACUGAAUUAAAGGCUUUUGAUGACUCCAAAACGGGUGUAAAAGGGCUUAUAGAUUCUGGAGCUGCAAAACUUCCACUGAUUUUUGUCGAUGAGCAAUAUGAGCCCGGUGAAAAAUCAGCUUCCGGAGACUGCAAGUUUACCAUUCCUACCAUUGAUUUUCAAGGCAUUGAUAAAGAUCCAAGCCUACGCUGUGAAAUAAUCUGCAAAGUUGGAAAUGCGUGUGAGAAGUGGGGAUGCUUACAGGUGGUCAAACAUGGAAUUCCAUUGAACCUAUUGGAGGAAAUGAUUGAUGGCGUACGCAGAUUUUGGCUGCUACAACCAGUUUUUCCUUCCAGGUCUCGCUCUGAUCUAGAAGCAAAGAAAAUGGCGAUCACAAGCUCAAGCGAAAUUUCUCAAGGGAAUUCCACAUAUGACCGAAUAAGUGAAUUAAAGGCUUUUGAUGACUCCAAAACGGGUGUAAAAGGGCUUGUAGAUUCUGGAGCUGCAAAACUUCCUCGGAUUUUUAUCGAUGAGCAAUAUGAGCCCGGUGAAAAAUCAGCUUCUGGAGACUGCAAGUUUACCAUUCCUCCCAUUGAUUUUCAAGGCAUUGAUAAAGAUCCAAGCCUAAACUGUGAAAUAAUCAGCAAAGUUGGAAAUGUCUGUGAGAAGUGGGGAUUCUUACAGGUGGUCAAUCAUGGAAUUCCAUUGAACCUAUUGGAGGAAAUGAUUGAUGGCGUACGCAGAUUUCAUGAGCAGGAUGCCGAGGUAAAGAAAGGGUUUUAUUCUCGUGAUGAAACAAGAACAGCGACCUUUCAUAGCAAUUUUGAUUUAUAUGGAGCACAAGUAGCUAAUUGGAGAGAUACAUUAUUUUGUCAUAUGGCUCCUCGCCUGCCUGAUCCUGAUGAAUUGCCUGCAGUUUGCAGAGAUACAAUGAUCGACUACUGCGAUGAAAUAAGGAAGUUUGGGGAGACUCUGCUUGGGCUGAUCUCGGAAGCUCUUGGGCUGAAUUGCAACCACUUAUAGAUAAAGGGGGGACACUUGACAUUGCAGCAUACCUUGGGUGGGAAAUAGUUCUUUGGCCUUAAAAUAAUAAUAAUUACCGUUAAGGGUCUGUACCCAAAGUAGGGUGUUACAAUAUUCCGUUUCAUUCGAACUACAAUAAACAAAUAGAAACCAGAAGCACAGGAAAUGUUCAUAAGCAAAGCGACUCCAAAUAUCAGCGGAAACAUGAAUUAAAAUCAUUUGCUGACUCAAAAAUUGGGUUCACUUGAAUUUAUUACAAUUUUUGU